GCCAUGCAUGGAAUAGUCUUGAAGAUUAGGUAACCUGCCCGUGCCCAACUCCUCUAUAUAUAUCCUUAAUUCCAUCACCACGUUCUCAACACACUCCAUUCAGUUAGGCUCCCAUUUUUGUUGAAGAAAGCUAGAUAUAAUUAAUGGCUUCUUUUACAGUCAUUAAUGUGCUGUUUGUGUUCCUUGUGGUUUUCUCUGGGAGCUCCAAUGCUCAACUCUCUACUAAUUUCUAUUCUAAGGCUUGUCCAAAAGUCCUCUCUACAGUGAAAUCCGUAGUGCAAUCUGCGGUUGCUAAAGAGCGUCGCAUGGGUGCAUCUCUCGUUCGCUUACACUUUCACGACUGUUUUGUCAACGGGUGUGACGGAUCAGUACUUCUGGAUGACGCUUCUUCAUUUACAGGGGAGAAGACUGCUGCUCCUAAUAACAAUUCAAUCCGGGGAUUUGAAGUUGUUGAUAAGAUAAAAUCAAAAGUGGAGCAAGUCUGUCCUGGCGUAGUUUCUUGUGCCGACAUUUUAGCCAUUGCAGCGCGUGACUCUACAGUAAUUCUUGGUGGACCAAGUUGGAAUGUUAAACUUGGAAGAAGGGAUUCAAAAACAGCUAGUUUUUCUGCAGCCAAUAGUGGUGUCAUUCCUCCCCCCUCGUCUACUCUUACCAAUCUCAUCAACAGAUUUCAGGCUAAGGGUCUGUCUACCAAGGACAUGGUUAUUCUAUCUGGAUCACAUACGUUCGGGCAAGCAAGGUGCACAGUUUUCAGAGACCGCAUAUACAAUGAAAGCAACAUUGAUAGUUCAUUUGCUAAGGCUAGGCAAGCAAAUUGUCCAAGAGCUUCCGGUUCAGGAGAUAAUAAACUAGCCCCAUUAGACCUUCAGACUCCAACCUUUUUUGACAAUCUCUAUUACAAGAAUCUCUUAAACAAAAAGGGUUUACUUCACUCAGAUCAAGUCUUAUUCAACGGUGGAUCCACCGAUUCAUUGGUUACUUCAUACAGCAAAAAUCCUAAAGCCUUCAGUUCUGAUUUUGCUGCUUCAAUGAUCAAGAUGGGAGACAUUAGUCCCCUCACAGGAUCCAAUGGUGAGAUCAGGAAGAAUUGUAGGAAGCCAAAUUGAAAUUAGAGAAAUCAAUUGGUUGUUUGAUGGAACUUUUAGUUAAAGGGCUAAGAAUGUUCUAAGUAUGACUUUUCUUUAUUUUUGUUUUUCUUCUCCAUGAACAAGUGUAUCACUAUGGAAAUAUUAUUCAUGUUAAGAUAUUUGCUAUGGACUAUGUAUAUCUUUCUAUUGAUGUAUCAUCUUCUUUGUUGAGAAAAUCUAGAAUACAAUGGUUGUAUUGUUGACGAGUUA